AGAAAGAGAUACGCAUGUGAUUAUAGACGUUAAACAAAGCACAAGUUUCACUUAUAUUAAAAUUCAAUGAGUUUUUGUUUUUUAGUUUAAGGCUCGUUAAAAUAUUGUCUUAAAUAUGCUGAAUAACUAUAAAUUAAAAUUACUUGAAAAGUUUUUAGAUAUUUCCACAUUUUCCACUUGAAGCAAACUUUGAACAACAAUCACCUUGUACAAGAUUGGCAAAUUAUACGCCAUUGUGCUGACGUAUGCCUUGUGCAGACCGUUAAAACUUGCCAUGGAGGCUGCACCGGGUUGAAAUCACUUUAGCAUGCAUAUGCAGCGAGCUAAAGUUAGUACCUUGGUACCGGCGGGUGGAAAUGAAGGUAGACUGGCCACAGCCGUUUCGCAACACUGUACAUCUUACGUUCAUUGACCUGUUUUGCUGAACCUUGCGGGUUUCAACUUUGAUCAUUCUCGCUGGUCUUUGAUUGCCGGUAAGUAACGAAGGGGCGUACCUGCUAGUAUUCUGUUUCCCGCUGGCUUGACCUACCCUCGUAUAUCCUCCGUGCAACAUCACAAUGACGGGCACGGGUUUCGUUGGUACGCGCCACUCGUACCAUCGUACCUGAAAUGGUAAAUAGUUUCCUUCCUAUUUUCGCUUGCCCUGUUUGCACCAUUCCCGAGCAUAAUGCUGUGUAUUCUUUCUUCCCCAGUUUCGCACAACGGUCCGUCAAAAACGGUUCGCUAGAGCACCAAGGGUUGGUUGUUCUGCUGAACGCCUCGAUACUGCAGGUGUGGUGUGUGCGUGUGUGUGUAGUAUAAGAGAAGGAGUAUGCGAGAGAAAAAGAGAGCGGGUGAUCAAAUCAACUGAGGAGGAAAGCUCGCUUCAACGAAAACCACUGGAUAACUCCGCUCCUUCGCCAGGAAUCUCCCACAACCAGCAACCGGAAACAACAUCUGAUUGUGGAGUGUUCCUCAAAAACCUUUACCGCAUCCGCUUCCACAGCAAGCCACCGCCCCCCCCCCCUCCCUUCUCACCCCAUUCCUUCCUUUCCGUUCUGCUGUGCUCGGAGCACAUGGGUGGCGCUAUGUAACUAUUCAAACUUCAGUGAACUUUGGACGGAAAUCGGUCCAGUGUUUUGUAGCGCACGAACGGAAGUGAGCGUGUACUAGUUGUACUGCAGGGGCCUCCGUGUGCGCUGCCAGGAGUGAGCGUAGUUUUUUUUUAUCACCUCUUCACAAACGUGCGAUGGUUGGCGCGUUUCGUCACAGGUCUAAAGGGUGUCCCGUUUCUCAUGCACGGCAUCGAAAAAUCACUUUCCUGAAAUUAGAUUCCGGUUUCGAAACCAGCCACAACGGCAGCCUCGGUGUGCAAGAAUCCAAGGUUUUUGGUGCGAUCGAAACCGAGAGUGGUUGCGCCGGUACUGUAGCGGAGAAGGAAUUGCGUGGCAUCACGUCUGCAAGUAUAGCUAGACGAAAAAAUAAGUGGUUUUAAAUGGAAAGAAAAUCAACUUGCUAUUACGACCGCAACUAUCCGGUGAGACAGGGACGUUUCGCAUUAAAACUGCUGCGGAGAACGAUGCCCCUUUUAAGUGGUUUUGUAAGGCCGAUUCUUCCAGGGUUGACCAGGACAUUCAGCGACAACAGGUGGUGUUUAGCAUGAUGAGAAUGAGCAGUAAUAGCUUUGUGCUCGCCUAUCGAUGUUUUGGGGAGCACACGUGCCAAAAAGUGGGAAUUCCGAGAGAAAUAGUAAAUCAGAGAAAUGGUGUUCAGAUAUCAGGAAUUCUCUCCAAGCUGUCGGGAUGGGCCUGUUAGACCCGUAACAUGGAAAAAUAAAACUUACAAAUGGUUCUACCAAAAUUUGAUUGAUUUUCUGAUUGUUUGAAUUUGAUGAGAUGAUGAUUGAAGCAAUAAUUGUUUUAAUAAUAGAAGACCAACUCGUUUUGAAUCUCGCGGUUCGAGGUAAAUUGAGAAUUAUAUACUCAAAAGCAAAUAAGAUUCGAAUCACGUUUAUAUAACCUUUAAGUUGAAUAAUUGAAACUCUGUAAGAGAUUUGGUAAUUUGUUUAUUUUCUCAGCGCUUCUGCUGACUGCAAGGAUCGCUUGAAGCAUCUUGAAGCUAACUUAUAAUUAAUAUAUUAGGUCACUAACGAGUAGAGGUGCUCAAGGAAUGAAUGCUAAUGAAAAAUGCAGGAACAACGUUGCUCUGCCUCCUCCUAGCAUGGAACGUUCUCAACGGAACCAACCUGUAUGACCGAGUAGAGAAGAACCGAUUGUCCGAUUGUCAAUAAGCUCCGCCACGAAGGAUCGCUAUUGUGUUGCAGGCACGUUGCCACAGUGUUGCCAUGCUCAGGAGCAAACAUCGUCCGCUGUGAUCGACGGGAGUGCUCCAGCAACGCAAAGCAAACCUUGUGAAUUUUCGCUAGAUUGACUUCAGACGCGGCAAAGGUCGAGCUGACUUGGGCCACCAAACUAUGCGUGUGUACCCCGCUAAGGAUACCGAUAGCUAGCUCUAGAUCCCUGGUUCCCUCACAGUAUUUGGUCAAAGGUGGUGAUCGGUGAUUUAGGUUCAACUUAGAGACGCGAACUGCAUUUAGUUCGCUGUCAUAAAAGCAGGGUAUCUUAAAAAAAAUCAAUGUGAUCAAAGUCGUUUUAAACUGUAUGACGAUUAGUAACAUCCACUAUGUGUUCAAUUUUUGUACAAGUAUUUUGUUUUCAUUUAGUCAAGUAGAUUAUGUGCGAGUUUUCUGUUCAAAUUCAAAUGUUGCACUACAAAACAACACCGCAUGCACAUUCGAUCGUUGCAACGUAUCACACCAUCUUUAUGUGGUAUUGGUGUGCUGCUCCACAAAAGUGAAAGUGAGCCGGCAUCGAUCGCGGCCUCCCCCUGACGGCUCACGACAUGGACCUUGUCGAUCGGCGUGCACAACAACAACGGCAGCAGACAACGAACCCCCCGUCGAUACGCUAUUUGGUGUGCGUUUCGUGUUCGGCAUUAUUUGGGUUUCGCUGCUUUGCGUCGGUCGAUCGUACAUUACAUAAGUUCUGGUGUGCGUUUUAUGCUCCGUACGAUCGGCCGGCGUUCAGUCGCUUCAACACCAUGCUGGAACGCGGAACGAUAACGCUCGCGUUGGGACUGCUCGCGAUCGCAUCGUCAGCUGAUCGGUGCGUCGUGCUGGCAUUUCGCAAAUCGUUUGAAGAGCUAAGCGUACACACACUUCCCGAUUCCGGUUCAUUAGACGAUUGUUCUCUUCGCAUGCAAAAACUGGCCCAUGAUGAGCCACCAGCAGCACCGUUGCAAGCAUUUCCAUCGUUUUCACGAGAGUUUGCUCACCUGGCAGCGAUAGGCUGGAAGCCUGCGAACGGUGGUGAUAUCGAGUGGCGUUGCAGUGGAAGCCUCAUAGCGGAAGACUUUGUACUAACUGCUGCACACUGCACUAAGGAUGAAGGCGUGGAACCUUCCGUCGUGCGUUUGGGUGAUCUAGAUCUGUACAGUGCCAAAGAUGACCGCUACGCGCAGCAGGUCGAAAUAGCGGAGAUAAUACGCCAUCCAGAGUUUAACUUCAACAGCGCCUACCACGACAUAGCGCUGCUGCGGCUGAAGAAAUCCGUGACUGUCACCGACUUCGUCACACCGGCAUGUCUGUACACAAACGAUUCCUUAACGUUCGACAAGCUGCACGCAACGGGUUGGGACUUUUAUGCAGAAGUAUCUCCACCGAUCGUCACGACGCCUCUCAAUCCGAUCAAUCAGGAUCGCUGUAAGUUUUGGUACCGUGACAACAAGGAAGCGUUCCGGAAGGGAAUCAAUCGAAUGUUGAUGUGUGCGGGCGAUGAGAAGCUGCAGAGUUGUCCCAGCGAUACGGGCGGUCCGCUACAGGUGAAACUACUGUCCAGCUCCCGAUACACGCCGUUUGUCGUUGGUGUUUCGGCGCUCGGUGUUCCGUGUGGUGCAACGACGCCCGGCGUGUAUGCGAAGGUGCCACACUACAUACUGUGGAUCGAAGACGUUACGAAGCUUGUGUACCAUCCGCCCGAUUGUGUUAUAAGACACAUUACCAAACGAGAACUGGAUGCGUCUAUUGUAGCGCCGGAGUUGAAGACCACCGCCCAGGAAACCCAUCUCACCGGCAAGAAGGGAACGGUCGAGGCAAAUCCUUUGCGUGCUAAAUUGCACGUAUUCAAAGAAUUUAAGUGCGCGGUCGGCAAGGAUGGCGAGAAUGUGGAGUGGAUUUGCGGUUGCACAAUUGUUGCACAGGACUUUGCACUGACGUCCGCCCGGUGCGUCAAGGAUGUUGAUGUCGAUGUGGUGAACUAUCGCAACGACUGGAAAAAGAUAGCCGAAGUAAUCUUCCACCCGGACUACAACAGGAAGACACUGUACAACGAUCUAGCACUGAUUCGGCUGCAAACCGACAACCGUAACCGAUACGACUGGAAGGCGGUAUCAUGCAUCGGGACUGCAACCGAUGACGACGAUCAAAAGCAAUCAUUUCUUUCGUUCGGCAUCGGACCCUACAACCUAAAUGACAAUGGUCUCACGGAUGGCAAUGCUGACGGUACCGAGCGUUACCUAACGGCCACACUGCAACCACUUCCCAAUGCAAACUGUACCGAAUCGUACAAGGGCUACGGCAUCCUGAAAAGUGGCCUUAACGAAACCCAGUUUUGUCUCGGUUCCGGGGGCGAUCAUCUUGUGCCCGGUGCGUGCGAACCCUGGAACGGUAACGAGGUGCUCGGUGAGAUUCGCCCGUCGGUCGAUACGAACCCGUUCCCGGAGGAUCUGAUUGGUGUGAGUUCGUACGCGCCAGACUGCGGGUUCGGCCGACGGCCACUGGUCGCCACGCGGACAAUCGCAUUUCUCGACUGGAUGAACACCGUCAUCUACAAGACGGCGAACGUGAACGCCGUGCCGCAGGUGUUGAUGGAGAAGGAGCUCGCGCUGGACUACAUCUGCGAGGCGUCGGAUCGAGAGGCGGGCGUGUGUGUGCACAUCGACCACUGUUCGCACCGGGCGCUAGCCAAGGAUGUGGUGAAGGUCUGCACCAACGAGACGGCACCCAUUGUUUGCUGUCCCGUCAACUCCUUCAUCGCGACCGCCCACCUGCCGCUGCUGACCGAGUGCGAAACGAACUAUCAGCGGUUCCGCAAGAAGUACGCCGACUUUGUCGGUGACCGUGCGGGACAACCGCUGGACGACGGUGACCAUCCGCACUCGGUCAUGAUUGGCUGGAAGGUCAACAAGACGUCCACGGCCUGGCACUGCAUGGGAACGUUAAUUAACCUGAACACGGUCCUCACGACGGCCGGUUGCACUAACAGCGUGCGCAGACGCAGUCCGGAAGUAGUCAGCAUCGGCGAAACGAAUGUCGCACGGAUCUAUGAUGGGGCAGCACAGAUCAUACGCGUAAAGGAGACAAUCCGCUACCCAAGUUACAACCCCAAAACGCACGACAAUGACAUAGCGGUGCUGAAGCUGGAAUCGGAUGUACUUGUGAACGAGAAUGCGAUUCCCGCGUGUUUGUGGCGCGAUUUGAACCGAACACCGUACUACGGACAGGAGGUACACUUCGACGGCCAAUCGCUUACGACGCGGGACAAGAACGUGAUACACAACCGAGACUGCCAGCUGUUCACUUCGCACACGGAGCUUACCAACGAUCAGCUGUGCUGGCAGGAGUUCCGGCUACGCCCGGACGGUACCGAUGCACCGAACUGUGGGCGCAAGGGCGAUCCGUUUAUUACGCUGCAGCGGAGCAACAAUAUCUAUUUGCCAUAUUUGGUCGGCCUGUACAGCUUCGACCAGCAGUGUGCGGGCGGAGAACCGAUCGUUGCCACACGCAUCUCGUCCUACAUCAAUUGGAUUAGCCUUUACAUGUAGGGUGGCAUGUUGCGGUUUCCGGACCCGAUACCGCCGCCAGGCCCGUGCCGGGAGGGGAGCGUGAUUGUAGGACACUUAUUUGCUGGAAGCGAUGGUCCGACAUGGUCAUCGUCGGCGCAUCGUGACGCGAACAAAUGUGACGAAAAUUAUCUGCUAAAUUGUUACAACUCGUUUCACCGGCGAUGGGUUGAAUGUAAUUCGCGGAAUAGCAAUAAAAUCCAGGGCCACGUUUGUAGUUCGUGCGAAACUGUAGGUUAUUGUGAAGGGAUGGAAUCAGUGUUUUGUAGGUGACAGUGUAUCGAGCACGAACGUGUAUGAUUUGUAAUGUAAACUUGUGAAAAAUAUUGGAAACGUUGUUGUAUGAAUGUGACAGAGGUAUUUUAAAUAAAGUCAUUUUCAAAAAGG